AUGCUCGGCGUACCACUCACGAAGCUGCUGAGGGGACCGGGUCUCACGACUGCGCUGCUGCUGCUGGCGCGGACCACCACCAGACCCACUCCUCUGCGUAGAGUCGCGAGCAGCUCCACCGCCGCCGCCGCCGCCUCCGCCACCUCCGCCACUUCCGCUCCCUCCGCCACCACCGCCGCCUCCUCCGCCUCCACUGCUGCCACCGCCGCCGCCACCCCCGCCACCACUCCCACCACCACCCCCACCCCCUCCACUGCCUCCACCGCCACCUCCACCGCCCCUGCUAGCCCCUCCAGCUCCCUUGCCCCCCUUGCCCUUGCCGUUGCCGAGAACGACCUCGCCUUCAACGUCAGCAAGUCAAAGUCGAUCCAGGCCUUCGUUGACGCGGUGAUCGUGUAUGCUAAACCGUACACCCUCCCCACCCCAUACAAGGUGUCCAGCCCGUUGCUCGAGAAGCUGAAGGCGGGCUCGGAGGACCUUGUGCGGCCGCUAACGGACAGCUCGAAGACAAGCGGGUGCACGCUCUCCAUCGAUGGGUGGACAUGCAUCGAAUCCUGCGGUUUGGUGUGUGUAAUCGCGCUUAAUGACACUGCACCCGUCAUCAUCGACAUCGUCGAUUCGAAGACCGCGAAAAAAACCAGGGACUGCUUGGCGGGUCUAAUUGAGGGAGCGAUCAAGACGGUGGGGCCGAAGCAUGUCGUCCAAGUCGUGAUGGACAACGCUUCGAAGAACAAGAACGCCGCCAACAAGCUACGCCUGGAGUAUCCGCAUAUCUUCUUCACCAACUGCGCCGCCCACUGCCUAGAUCUCAUGUUGCACGACAUCGGCAAAAUCCCUGCUAUAAAGCACGUCCUUGCGCUGGUGCACAGCGUAGUGAUGAUGAUCAAAGGCUCCGCUUCAGCCGUCGUGUUGUUCCGUGAGCUUUUUACCAAGCUCUCGUUGGUGCGGCUGGGUGCAACGAGAUUCGGCACCCAGGUCAUCAUGCUCGGCAGGUUCCUGGAGGUGAAGCGCGCGUUAAGAGUGAUAGUAAUCAGCGACCGAGGGGAGGGCAGGCUGGGCUCUCACAAUGCCCGUUGGGCAGCAACGACCUUGGUGGAGGCGGGGCGCAUGAUGGAUGCGGAAUGGUGGUUCCUGUUUGGUAGGGAUGUGCAUGCGCCCCAAGGCUUGGCUGUGACGUCACUCUCACAGCCAGUCACCUCCUCCAAGGUGGAGCGCUAUUGGUCAGCGCUGGCACGGCGAAAGGCAGCGCUGAGCUCCAAGCUCUAUUCGGACCUGGGCAACGGCACCCUCAGAGAGGCUGCCAUCAACCCGGCCGAAGUGGAGGAGGAGGAAGGGGAUGCUGAAGAGGAGGGACAAGUGGAGGAGGAGGAAUACACCAUUGAUUGGUCGGAAUUUGGAAGCAUCGGCAAGAAGAGGAAAGGGAAGGCGGGUGAGUCAUCUAAAGGGAAGAAGAAGGGGAAGGGCAACGGGGGUUCGUGA